AUGAUGCUGGAAUUACAAUCCGACUGCCGUAUUGAUGAAAAUCAGGCCAGUUCUUCAUUCGUGGACAAACAAAUCAAGACCUGCUCAUCGGCCGAACUUGCUCAAUGGCUCCACAACGAUCGACAACAAGUGGUACUCCUUGACUGUAGACCGUCUUCUGAAAACAACACGGUCAGUUUUGGAGGGGUUUUACAUCAGGAUUUAUCUUUUUCAUUAUUUUUUGAAUUUUUUAAAUUUUAAAUUUUUUUGAAAUUUUUUUUUAUUUUAAAAUUAAAUUUUUUUUAAAUUUAAAUCCGUAUGUUUCAGUCCUUCGCCGGAGCCCAAAAGAUCCUCCUGCCAACAGUGCUAAUGCGACGACUUCAAAAUGGUACUCUUGCUCCUGGCAGUUUGGCCCCACAGUUGGCCGAACAAACUGACCAAGUUAGAGUGAUUUUGAUUCCGGAUAAAUGUGACAAUGAUGUUAUGGCUAGCAAAGUGUACAAAAUGCUGGUCAAGAAGAAGUUUGAUGUUUUCUGCUUUGAAGGUAGGGGUUGAUACUUUGGUGCUGUUGGGUUAAGAUUUGGUACUCUCUCUUGGUGCUACUAGGUUGUUCAAAUAAUUCUAAGCCUUUAGCUUUAAAACAUUGCGUUAAAAGGGGCACAUAAUUAUUUGAACAAUCCGACCUUAAAGCCAUUAAAAGAUCAUUAUUCUAGCCACAAAACCUCACUUUCAUACCUAAAACACCAACCUUUUCAUUCCGUUUUUAAUACCCAAACCCAUCAAAAACCAUGGCCAAUACCCAGAAUAAUUAAUAUUGUUUCAGACGAACCGGAAGAGUUUGCCAGACAUUUCCCCACAUUAAUCGAAAGUACAAGUUACGCUGGGACCAGGAAGAAGGCUGGCCUGAAUCUAUGUCUUCUGACUGACAAAUUCUCUGAGAAUGUGAUCAAGCCGUCAGCUGACCGCGGGUUCCCUGCCAAAAUCUUUCACUGCGUGUACUUGGGCAACGAUGACACUGCUAAGAACCGAGAGUUGUUGAAGAGGUGGGUAAAAUACGCUUUUUCAUUAGAUGGUUCAAAUAAUUUUGUGCUCCUUUACAAAGCAACUUUUUGAGGUGAUGGGGCACAGAAUUAUUUAAAAAACAAUACAAUAAAUUUAAAAAAAAGUUUUUUAAAAAAAUUGAAUUUUAAAUUUUUUUGAAAUUUCAAAAAAAAAUAUAAAUUUAAAAAAAAUUUUUUCAACUAAAAAUUCGAAUUUUAAGGUUUGGAAUUGACUAUGUUAUCAAUGUAACCUCAGAUCUGCCCAACUAUUACGAGACUGACGGUGACUUCCAUUACUUACGUAUACCUGUUGAUGAUUCUCACUCACACAACUUGGCCAAAUACUUUCCAGGUAUGCACUUUUACACUUUUUAA